AUGGCUCGUUCAUUCUCCAAUGUUAAAAUUGUAUCUGCUUUCCUUGCCAACAAAGUCUCUGCUGCUGCCACCGGGCGUGGAUACUCAGCGGCAGCUCAGGGCGGCGUGUCGAAGAGCCUGAGCGGCGGAGGGGUGGCGCCGAACAUGAUGUUGAAGAAAGGGGUGGAGGAAUCCAGCAAGACUACUUCAUGGGUACCGGACCCAGUCACCGGUUAUUACCGGCCGGAGAAUCAAGCGGCGGAGAUUGAUGCCGCCGAGUUGAGGGCGUUGCUUUUGAAGAAUAAAAUGAGAGCACACUAG